CUCCUCUCCGUGGUCCCCCACUCACACGCUUAGCUGUGGAAAACCCACCACCACAACCACCCCACCUCCUUCCCCACCGCCUGCCACCGUGUCUCGCGCUCCCUCGGCGGCUCCCACUCGCCUUUCCGCUCCGUGUUUCAGCUGAGGGGCUGCACGCGCACGUCGCGCUACUGAUAGCCACUUUACACUCAGCGUGGAAAGUCAGCUUGUCACUUUCUCUCGCUCUCUCUCUCUCUCCCUCUUUUAGACACACAUUGUUUCUUCCUUCGGCAAGCUAACAGUGAGGUGUUAACUACUUUUACUCGCCUUUUUCUCCGGUGCUGCGGCGCACAAGCUACCGCUACUGUUAUUAGGCAAAAAGUUUUUGGUUUGUUGAGAGGAUAAAAAGAAGCCGGAAAUCGAGGUGGGUUCCACGGAAGUAGUGGAUUCUGCUGCGUAAAGCUUGACCACAGGAAGAUGAGGAACCCACUUUGACAACCUUCAUCGACGCUUCACCUAUCACAAUUUUCCUGACAGACUCUCCAAUUAAAGGCCUUCAACUCCAGACUCAACAGGACACAAUAAGCCAAAGAGCAGAACAUCCCAGCCAGAGGAAAAUCUGUUCUGAAUACAGUCGCUCAACAAAACUAGAUUUUCGCUCUACUAAAAAGAAAUGAACUAAUAACACAAUCUGAACCAGAUAGGCAGCUACCCUGCUCAGCUCACAACCUAUUAAGGACCUUUUUCAAGGGGUUAGGGUUCUUCUCAACCACUCUAAUUCAUUUAGAUAUGGACCUUCACAGAGCAGCAUUCAAGAUGGAGAGCUCCUCAUACUUGCCAAACCCCCUGGCAUCGCCAGCACUAAUGGUACUGGCCUCCACUGCAGAAGCUUCUCGUGAUGCUUCUAUUCCUUGCCAGCCACCGCGUCCAUUCGGUGUCCCAGUUUCUGUUGAGAAAGAUGUUCAUUUGCCAUUUAACAAUGGUUCAUACACCUUUGCAUCAAUGUACCACCGCCAAGGUGCCGUCCCGCCAGGUUUCCCUAACAGGGAUUUUCCGCCAUCCCUCCUCCACCUCCAUCAUCAGUUUGCUCCACCAAACCUGGACUGCUCACCAAUCAGCAUGUUAAAUCACAGUGGUGUUGGGGCUUUCAGACCCUUCGCUUCUCCUGAGGAUCGAGAUGGGGCACCGGGCGGUUAUCAGUCUGCUUUCACACCAGCUAAGCGCCUCAAAGGUUGCCUGGAUGCCGAUGCUUCACCCCACCUCCGGUACUCUGAUGCUGAGGGUAAAGAAUAUGACUUUGGCGGUGCCCAGAUCCCACCUGGGAGCUCACCCAGCAGCGCGUUGAAGGCCGUAGAGGACAGCGGGAAGAAAAUCUUUGCUGUGUCCGGCCUUCUUUCAGACCGAGAGACUUCCUCCAGCCCUGAGGACCGCAUUGAACGCUGUAAGAAGAAAAUGUCAUUGUAUGACAGCCAGGCUCCAAUCUGCCCAAUCUGCCAAGUUCUGCUCAGGCCCGGCGAGCUACAAGAACACAUGGAAACAGAGAUAGAAAGGCUAGCCAACAUGUGCCUUAGCAGUAAGAUCCCGUCACCCAAGGAUGGAGCAGUCACUCCCGGAACUCCCAAGUCAAUGCUUUUAUCAGUGCACAUCAAGCGUGAGGGAGAGUCUCCCGUGGUCUCGCCGUUGUCAUCUGAAGACGCCCACCACUCGGACAGAUACCAGACAUUUUUACGAGUUCGCGCUAACAGACAAACACGGCUGAAUGCCCGCAUAGGGAAGAUGAAGAGGAGAAAGCCUGAAGAUGGGGGGCAGGUAUGUCCGCUGUGCAGUACCCCACUGGCUGGGAGCGAGGAGGAGAUGAGUAGACAUGUGGAGCAAUGCCUCAUCCAGCGUGAGGGUGUACUAGGUGAUGACGAUUCUGUGGACAUGGAUGGUGACAGUGGACGUGGCUUUGAGGAGUAUGAGUGGGCAGGACAGAAGCGGAUCAGAGCUACUGCACUUCUGGAAGGAGGCUUCAGAGCCACUGGUUUUGCUACAUGUAGUAUCAAAGAGAGUGGGGCAGACAGCGACGUCGACCUCGAUGUAGAUGGAGACGAUACGUUGGAGUAUGGUAAAGCCCAAUACACUGAAGCUGACAUAAUCCCAUGCUCUGGAGCUGGAGAGGACCAAGGAGAAGCCAGAGAACGGGAGGCACUACGGGGAGCGGUGCUCAACGGAGGAAUGCCCUCGAACAGAAUAACGCCUGAGUUCUCCAAAUGGGCGAGUGAUGAGAUGCCUUCAACGAGCAAUGGUGAGAGCUGCAAGAUGGACCCAAGCACUCCUUCAUCCUGCACGCCUUCCUCCUCCUGCGUCCCACGCACCUGUAAAAACAGUGAAAUUGAAAAAGUAACAGAGGAUGAAUCGACAGCGACCACCAUGGAAGCUCUGAAGGCACGAAUAAGAGAGCUGGAGAGGCAAAUACUAAGAGGGGACCGAUACAAGUGUCUUAUCUGCAUGAGGAAGCCUGCUAUCCAGUCAGGUGUGGAAAUCAAGAGACUAGGGGCAUGGCCAGGGCCCCGGCCUUUGGCCUGUGAGGUCAGAGAGAGGCAGCCUAAGUCCCUCCCCCUUGGCUUGUACUACCUGUACAGGGGCCUUGUGAUUGGUGGCUACGGCAGCAGCAUAAAGAGGCUCCUUCCACAGCCUCUACGGAGGGACUCUUACACGAUGCCACUCACCUCCAUACAGUGCUGGCAUGUCCACUGUGAAGAAUGCUGGCUCAGGACUCUGGGUAACAAGAAGCUGUGCCCUCAGUGCAAUACUAUCACCUCACCCGGGGACCUGCGGCGUGUCUACUUGUAAAGAGCACACCUUCAUGCAUCAACCACCACAAUGGAUUUCAUUUCCGUUCUUAUUUUACGUUCCCGCCCCUCAACUCUGUGGACCAGGUUGUCGGCGCCAAAUCUUUUAAAAGAGAAAGUUGUGGGAGUUGAGCUGGCCUAAAUGAACGGCACGAGCAGCGCUCAGUCUGUUGCCGCUCUACCUUCUCACAUUAACAUUGGGAAACUGGACAUUCCCUUGCUUCUGUGACUGCUUGUAUAUUAAAUAUUGGAUGUCAUCUACUGAUUGACUUUUAUUCAGCUGAUAUCCUGCAAAGUGACUCACCCGCCAGUAGCCCUGCUGUGAACUUUAAGCUCAACUGGAGCUCGACAUUUAGCAACUUCCGAACCACCCGACCUCCUAGACGCCACCUGUGGGACAUGACUCAUUUUUUUAACAUCCUACUAGACUCAAACUCAUUACUUGACAGAAAGCUUUUUUGUUGUUGGUUUCACUUAUUUCAAGCUGCACGAAAACUCAAUAAGAGGACUCCUGCUCCAGCCCUUGUUCUCAAAAACCUCCUAUGCCAUUUUUGGUUACGAUGGGAUACUCCUAUCAGUCCACCUAUUGAAGAUGCAGUCCAAGCACAUGUAAUUUAGUUUGUGUAUGUUUACAAACUUAGAAUAUGAAAAAUACACACACUACACAAGCGCAGACAAUUUUCUUGGCAGACACAACAGGGGUGUACAAUAUUAAAGUUAUGCAUAUAGUCAGAGGAAGUUAGGGGGAAAAAAUGGCUGGAGUUAAAAAAGCCUUCUGUAUUUAAGAAACUAUCAUUUGAAGAUGUUCAUUGUACAGAAAAAAAUAAAACUCAAGACUAGGUGGUCAGAUUUAGGUGUAUUUCUGCAGAAUACCUAAUUGAGUGUAGCGCUUGAAUACAAUGAAAAAGGAAAAAAAAGAAGCAGUGACUAUCUUUUGUUUGAUUUUAUGGAUGGGAAAGAUUCUUAAUUCCCAAGACCUUAUACCAAACACGCAGUUCUAUAGAACUGAGUUGCUGCUUUUUGCUCCAAAUACUCUGCCUCUUCUUACUUGGAAAUAUCAGAAUUGGAAAGUUUUAAGGGUUAGGGUUAGAAUUUCAACAGUCGUUUUCCAUUAUUUUCAUACUGCUUUGCUGCAAUGGUCAAAAAAGACAAGCUAGGGGUCCCAGACUUUUCUAGCUCAUUUAGGGAAGUCUCUGGAAAAGAAGAAUGACCCAUGCCUACCUAGCAAGAACCUGCAACUUAACUCCGCCUCUCUAUAAAGCAGCAGCAGCCAAGGUGGUGGCGUGCUUUGUGUUUGUAAAACUAUGUAUUCUGUGGUGUCUGUAUUGUUGUUAAAAAUGCUGAAAAAAGAAAAUAAAACAUUCUUCAAUAACACGAGUGGUCCUGUUCACAAGCCUUGGGUCAUCAGUUAACAAAAGACAGAGGAUGGUCGUAUGCAUAAGAUAUAUUUUCAAAUUGUGCAUAUUUUAAUAGGGUUCAAGGCAUUUUUCUGACAGUUCCAUCCACUGUGCAACCAUGUCAACACCUUUGCCUCAGACAUUUUUGGCCAAGUGCUGCAUUUCAAGAGCUAAAUUCCUGUGAUGAGUUUAUUGCUACUGAUUUUUUUUUUUAGGGAGGGGGGUGUCACAGCUUAUGGAACACUAAACCAGAGUGAACCGGAUAUGAUAACUGUAUUCUUGGCUUUCAAGUUUAUUCAAGCCUGCCCCAAAGAUGAUGAUUGCACAAGAAGAAUUAUGUCACAAUUAUUUUGUGUCUUGUAUAUUCUUGGAUAUGGUACCUGUCUUUCCCGUUUGUAAACUACGUUUGACAUUAAUUAAAUGAUUGUAAAUCUCACAUAA